AUAAUGUGAAAAAAUAAGUCACGCAACAUUUUCCACAAAUGCACAUGCUAAUUCUGAAGUUCACACUCUGUGGUUCACAAAUAUAAUUUGUAAGAACACUUGUAAUAUAAACUCAGAUCGUACGAAUUGCUGAACGUGCAUUUACGAACAGCUUCUCAUUUGUGAACCUUUCCGCGUUUGUGAGUGAAAUCUGUGUGGUGCAUUCACGAACAGCUUCUCAUUUGUGAACCUUCCUGCAUUCGUGAGAGAAAUCGGUGUGCUGAAUUUUGAGACUCUCCUAACGUCGCAGGUCAACAAACGUCACCAUUGGCUAAUGAAUCUGUCAAUCAAAUAUAUGAUUCUGCCAGGGCUGUUCGCUUUCAGCCAAUCAUAUGGGUCCUUAUGUCACAGAACAGAUCUGCUGUGCGCAUGCGCAUUGCAGUUCACACGGCAGAGCAGGAUGGACCGGUCACGAUCUAUCAUGUACCUGAAGGUAGCUGACAACAACCGGGCAGACACCCACCUUGCCUUCUUCAGUGAAGCUGUGAAUGAGCAUGGCUUUCCUCUGAGGAGAUCAUGGCGGAGAAAAUGUAGGUGUUGCAGAAUUAAUGUUCUCAGUUCGUGGAACUGACACCAACAGCUUCAUUGCAGGAAAAAGUGUACACAAUCAACGGAUCGAGCGCCUGUGGCGUGAUGUCUUCAUGAGUGUUACUGGUCUAUAUUACAACAUCCUGCACUCUCUGGAAGACCAAGACUUGCUCGACAUCAGUAACAUCCUUCACAUGUUUUGUUGCCACUAUAUUUUCUUGUCUCGCAUCCAGGCCAGCCUGGAUGUCUUUAGAGAUGCGUGGGACAACCAUCCAAUCAGGACAGAGGAAAACAUGACACCAAAUCAGCUGUGGCAUCUGGGCCAGGCUCUGAAUCCUGUUUCUGAUCCAGGGGCAAAUGGUAUACCGACACCAGAGAUUGAAUGGGAGGAGAACGGAUACAUGACUGAACCUCAUCCUGAGAUCAGUGUCCUUGUACUGGACAGUCCUCUUUCAGAUCAUGAAAUGUUGGAACUGCAGGACAGCAUUAAUCCGUUGCAACAUUCAGACUCUUUUGGGAGUGGACACAUCUUCACACUGUCCAGUAUGUUGAGAACUUACUUGAGGCUAGAUGAUUACAUGUGUGAAGAAGGAAGGAGAGAGAAGGUAGGGAGUUAGGAAGAAAGAAAAAUAAUUAAUGAGACAGGAAGGAAGAAAGUUAAAAGUGAAGGAGUGGUCCAUUUUAAGGUUAAUAUUCUGUAUAUUGUUAUUCAAGGGAUUUGCCGUCGUAAAUAUGAAAUGCUAAAGGAUAGACCCCAAAAUAGAUGUCUAAAUUCAUUUAUAGUUGUGUAUUUCCUUAAAGUCUUUGUCAGCCUGAUUUAUUUUAGACCAGGAAUGUAUUUGAAAAGGCUGCUGUUCACUUCAUCUAUGCUACAAUUCUUCAAAAUGUAAAUGUGCUAUCAUUGCUAGAGUUGGUUUAGUAACAUGCAUCUUCCUGUGUAUCCAGCUCUAAUAAAAACAUUUAAAGGUGAAGCACCUACUUAUCAGGAGAUCCAUUUAUUUUUACAUGUUAUUGUUUGAAUUUUGUCUCGUUUCAUAACUUUUGCUCAACAUUUAAGGGGAACUGUGUUACCCUGCGAUCAUCUUCAUUACACUUGAAAACUUGUACUAUACCUCCGUCCGUCUACUUAUUAAAUGGAAUAACAUGACAA